AUGGCGGUUCCAGCAAGAGCUUUUGUUCUCACAACACCAUACCUUACUAUCAAGUCAACAGGCUUCUCUCGAUGCUUCAUUGUGCAGUAUUCCGGUAUUCUCGAGGGUGUCGUGACGUGGGGGGCAGGUGACGUCAGCGCAUCAGAUGCAUCACCAGUACAUCACGAGGGUCGGUGGACUCACGGCUUCAGGGCGCCAUUGGUGGGGAAGGAAGGCGGCCAAGGGCCCCACCUGCCGUCCUUGAUGUGCGUAGCCGCCUUUGCUGCCCCACGUCCCUUGAUUGGAUCUGAAGCUUCAAAACUUGGUCGAGUCCAAGGUGCUUGGGGCCGGCUUGAGUCUCGGUGGCCCGUGUUCCUCAAAAUGGUCCUCUAUGCUCCUAUCAAUUCUGCCAAGCCUGCGCUUCUUGGUGCUGACCUCCGCGGACAUACUCUGAGACCAGCUUCACGCAAGCGCCUGCACCGACGCACGACGAGCCUGGGGCUGAAUGAUCAGCUCGGAAUCGUGAGCAUGAGAGCAGGCUCGGGUCCCUCUCUAUCUCAGAGUGACGCCCAUUCAAGACCAGCCAGCCAGCUUGUAGGUGCCGGCUCUAUUGUGUGA